AUGGAUCCAUGUCCUUUCGUUCGUCUCACCAUUGGUAAUCUCGCCCUCAAAAUUCCGGUUGCUUCCAAAGCUGCUCGCUCCGUCGUUCAUCCUUCUUCUUCCCCAUGUUUCUGCAAAAUCAAACUCAACAACUUCCCUCUACAAUCCGCUCAAGUUCCUUUCAUACCUCACGAAAAUCACUCCCCUGACUCACAUAUUCAACCUAUCGCCGCGACUUUCCAUCUCAGUAAAGCUGAUCUCGAUAAACUCGCCGGAAAAUCAAUCUUCGUUAAGAAACUCUGCCUUAAAAUCUCGAUCUAUACUGGCAGGAGUGGGACCACCUGUGGUGUUAACUCCGGGAGACUCCUCGGGAAGGUCUCUGUUCCGUUGAAUCUCUCCGGAGCUGUGACAAAGGCAACAGUGUUUCACAAUGGAUGGAUUACGGUUGGUAAGGAUGCUAAAGGCGCUUCUGCGCAGUUUCAUCUGAAUGUUAAAGCUGAACCUGAUCCUAGAUUUGUUUUCCGGUUCGACGGCGAGCCGGAGUGUAGUCCGCAAGUUUUUCAGAUCCAAGGCAACAUUUCGCAGCCUGUAUUCACGUGCAAGUUCAGUUUCAGAAACAACAGUGGUGACCGUAAUCAACGCUCUAGAUCGUUGCAAUCGGAAGUAGGAAGUUCUAGAAGCUGGUUAAGUUCGUUCGGAAGUGAACGUGAGCGUUCAGGGAAGGAACGGAAGGGAUGGUCCAUUACGGUUCACGAUCUUUCCGGUUCGCCGGUUGCGGCUGCUUCAAUGGUAACGCCUUUCGUUGCUUCGCCCGGUUCGGACCGGGUUAGUUGCUCUAACCCCGGUUCGUGGCUUAUUCUACGUCCUGGAGAUGGUACCUGGAAGCCCUGGGGGAAACUUGAAGCAUGGCGUGAGCGUGGCGGGUCUGAUGGACUCGGUUAUCGGUUUGAGCUUAUGCCGGAAACUAACGGUGGAAUGAGUGCCGGCGGGAUAGUUAUUGCGGAGUCAACGUUGAGUUUGACGAAAGGAGGAAAGUUUGUUCUUGAUUUAAGUAGCCGUUGCGGCGGAGGAGGUUCAAACGGUCGUGCUACGCCGGGAAGUGCGACGUCGCCGGUGUGUAGUCCGAGAGGAAGUGGUGAUUAUGGUUACGGGCUUUGGCCUUAUUGUAUGUACAGAGGGUUUGUUAUGUCGGCGAGUAUAGAGGGUGAAGGAAGGUGCAGCAAACCCACGGUGGAGGUGAGUGUGCCGCACGUGAAUUGCACGGAGGAUGCUGCAGCUUUUGUAGCGUUAGCAGCAGCCGUUGAUUUGAGCGUGGAUGCUUGCAGGCUAUUCUCUCAACGGCUAAGAAAAGAGCUAUGUCAGCAAAUGGAUUUACUCGGAUGA